AUGGCUUCAACCGUUACCUUGGAUUUCCUCCAAAACAGCUUCAUCUUCGUCCUGGUAAUCUCACUUCUCUCUCUCCUUUACAGUUUCUUCAACAAAUCCAAUGAUCAAAUAGAAAGAUCAUCACUUGCUCGUCUUCCUCCAAGCCCUCCGAGCUUGCCCAUCAUCGGCCACCUUCACUAUCUUCUCUCCAAAUCGCUCUUCAAGUCAUUUACCGAACUUUCCUCCAAACACGGCCCUCUCCUCUAUCUCAGCGCUUUCAACUUCCCAAUACUUCUCGUCUCGUCUUCUUCAGUCGCAUACGACAUCUUUAGGACAAAUGAUGCGAAUUUCUCGUCUCGUUAUCCCUCUACUAUCGAUAAUUCAAUCAUAUUGGGGCCUUAUGGGUUUAUCACUGCACCCUAUGGUGACUAUUGGAGAUUCAUGAAGAAGAUUGUUAUCACUGAGUUGCUUGGCCAACAAUAUCUCGAGAGAUCUCGAGGUAUUCGUGAUGAAGAGCGUGAGAGGUUCAUCGUUAACUUGGUGGAGAAGGCAAAGAGAGGAGAGGUCGUUGACGUGGGUAAAGUGUUGAUGAAGCUCACAAACAGUAGCAUUUGCAAGAUGGCUGUGGGAAUGAGUUGUUUCGAGGCGGAUGGUGAGGUGGAGAAAAUCGAGGCUUUAGUCAGUGAAACAUUCGGUGUGUCGAAGAAGAUACUGGCAACCAUUGCAUUGCGUUGGCUCAAGAGAUUCGGGAUCUCGUUGUUCGAGAAGGACGUGUUGGAUGUUUCUAGAAGGUACGAUGAGUUGUUCGAGAAGAUUAUUCGGGAACACGAAGAGAAUCCAAACAGAGAGCACAAGGACAUGAUGGAUGUUGUGUUGGAGGCCUAUCACAACGAAAAGCUCGAGUACAAGAUCUCACGGAACCAGAUCAAGGCCCUUUUCGUGGAACUCUUCGUUGCAGCCACCGACACGUCAUCACAAGUGGCACGUUCGACAAUGGCAGAGCUCAUAAACCAUCCCUCUGCCUUUCAGAAGUUGAGAGAAGAAAUAGACUCAGUCACAGGAACGAAAAGGCUACUCCGCGAAACGGAUCUUCCGAAUCUCCCUUACUUGCAUUCGGUCAUGAAGGAAGGGCUAAGAUUGCAUCCACCCGGGGCUCUAUUACCGAGAAAAUGCGACAAAGGAUGCAAAGUUGGAGGGUUUGAUGUUCCAAAAGGCAGCUUACUACUUGUUAAUUACUAUGCAAUGAUGAGAGACCCGAGUGUUUGGGAGAACCCGGAUGAGUUUCGGCCGGAGAGAUUCUCGCUUGCUCAUGUGGGCAGCCGAGAAGUUAACAAAGAGAAAGCUCUAAAGUACGUUCCCUUCGGGGCAGGAAGAAGAGCGUGUCCGGGAGAAAACUUGGCUUAUGUCUUCAUGGGCAUGGCCAUAGGAACAAUGGUGCAGUGUUUUGACUGGAGAAUCGACAGUGGGAAGGUUAACAUGGAGGAAGCAGGCUACAUGGCCUUGAGGAUGGCUUAUCCAUUCAUGUCUACUCCUGUUCUUCGCUUCAAUCCAUUAGCUUCUACAACCUCAUAAAUUUGCAAACUCACGGUGUUAUAUUCCUAAUGUUCACAUGCCUAGAAUAUGUACCAUGAACGUGUAAGAAUAAAAUACGUGAAGAGUAAUAUAUAUAUAUAUAUAUAUAUAUAUAAAAGAACAUGGGACUUACUGUGAUUUGGUUACAAGAACCUAUGUGCAUGGCAUCAUCUUUUGUGUUUUCAAGUAGAUACAGUAAUAAAGAUAAAGAAGAGUUGGAGAAUGUUGUGGGAUAAGCAUAGGCUGUACACUUGUUUUUAUAGAACGUAAGAUACUAAAUAUCAAACAAAUUGUGUAUCGAAACACAAAUUUUCCCAUUUUAAAAAAAAAAAA